CUCUCUCUCUCUCUCUCUCUCUCUCUCUCGUUCUCUCCCCUCCCCAUUUCAGGCAGUGUGGAUUCCUGGCUGUGUUUAAUUGGCGAGUGGCAGGCGGGCUUGAGAGCGAGAGACUGAGAGAGAGGGAGCGAGAGAGAGAAAAAGAGAGAGAGCGGCAGUGUGGGAGAUCUGAGGGAGCGAUUGGGACUCAUAUGGAGAGGCAGUGUGUCACACUGGCUUUACGAGCUGAGACUUUGACUUUCUGAGAGUGAGUGAGAGGGAGAGUCAGAGAGAGGGAGAGAGAGAAAGAGAGAGAGAGAAACUCAGACAGACGGAAAGAGGAGGAUGGGCUAGAGUUUUGGGAUAGGGUGAGCUGCCUCUGAGAAUUUUUACAUAGUGGGAAGAGAGGGAGCGAGGAUACAGAGGGCAAAGGAGAAAGGAGACGUUGAGAGAGGGGGAAUGAGAGAAAGGGCAAACAAAGUGCGGCAGAGGGAGGGAUAGGUAGAGGAAUGACUGAACCUUAGUGAGGGAUAAGUACAGGAAAGACUGCAACGGAGUGAGAGAAUAAGGUGGGAGGGGGAGGGGGGGGAGAGGCCCACCACUGGAGAGAGGGCAACAGGCGGGCUGUGUACGGGAAGUGCGAGAAGUAGGGAGAGAGAGAGAGAGAGAAAAGAGGGAAAACAAGGGAAGGUUAGAAAAAGAAAUUGAAGGAAGGAAGGGGGAGGUGAGUCUUGAGGGAGAGAGAGAGAGUUGCAAAGUAGAAGACAAACUGAAAGGACAGAGAAACAGUAUGUGAGAAGGGGAACAGAGGUGGAGAGCGAGAGAGCGUGCACGCGAAAGGCCGAGGAGCGAGAGCGAGAGCGAGAGCGAGAGAGAGAGGUGUGUUUGAGAGAGCUACGCAGAUGAGGAAAACAGUCUUAGUGAAUGGCUUGGGUGGAGAGAGAGAGGGGUGGAAACCAGUUGUUUUGUAAGUCCUCUGCCAGUGCGGCUCCUGGACUACUGCUGUGCACUCUGGGAUUGGCAGGGAGAGGACAUCCCAGCCUUCCAUCCAGCCAGGGACUACUGCACCACUGCCUGCUCAAGGAGCCAGCGCUCCCCACAGGCCGGGGCACAUGGACGCGCCAUGCCCAGCUCUGGAGCCCGGUCUGGGCCCAUUGCCAUGGAGGGGGCGCUGCCUUUCCAUCUUCCCACUGGAGCUCGGGAUGGCUGAGGACCAAAUGGAUAACCGCGACCGGCACGUCCCCCAGAGAAGGCAGUGUACCUGGGCCAAGCCACUGCCCCGCGUCCGAAGGUUGCAGCCCUCCAUGGUACUCGUGGAGGGAGGUGAGCGCGUCUACAUGGGACUGGCCACACUGCGUGGGACUGGCCAUGGCCCCCAGGCUAUCGUCAUGUACAUGUGCAUGGGAGGAGACGUAGGGAGUGCGAGUGCAACGAAACCAUGGUACCCCACCGGGAAGCCACACCUCUUUAAUGGCGGCCCUGCGCCACAGCUCUUGCCGGCUAAGGUCAGGGGUCAGGGGUAUUACAGAGAGGCCUCGCUAUGUGGCGAUGGAGCAUUACUGGGACUGUUAUAGCGGGGCAGCACACCUACAGGGGUUCCAAGUGGGACAAUCUAGGUGCGUGUGGAUACAACUGGACGCUGUGAAAGGAGACAUGUCACGUUUUGAGAGUCAAAAUGAUGGGAGCGAAAUGCGACAGCGCAGAAACUAGCAGGACCGGCCAGUCCACCACGACGCACUGUAACGGGUCCUGGGCAUUCUUUCCCACCGAGGUGCCCCAGAGCCAGUUCAGGAGCUGUAGGAUGCCAGGAUCCAGGUUACCAGUGAGUGUAGUCCAAAGAGAAGAUCCCGAGCUGGGCCGAGCAGUGCGUGCAGAGGGGCCUGGGGCGCUGGAGAGCCGGAGGAACCAGAGGAACCAAGGAUCUGUGCGCGAGCAGAUCAAACAAGUGGUCACAGAGCUAGAAGAUGUCCUUGGUGGUCUCAAACAAGUCCAGUUGGAGAUGAGAGAGGUCGUUCAGCAGAUUGACCUUCUGACGUCCAACAUUGACCUGAAAGAGGACCCGGGGCAUCAUGGCGACUGCUUUGGGGUGGUGGAGAUCAUCCAGGACUCCGAGGGAGAUGCGGAAUCUCUGCAGCAGGGUGGAGUCCGGACUACUCUUCUCCAGUCGGAGGGCGGCCUGGCCGCCGGCACCUCGGGCAGGAGGGACCUUGACGUCGCGUGCCCCCCUGCCCAUGGCCCAGUCGCCAAGGAGUCUGCGGACAGCAAGCGAGCGGUUGCCACGUGUGCACAGUGUACGAACAGUGUGGCCAAUGGGGACUGCCUGCCAGCCAGACCUCCCAAAGCCAAAGUCAAAGAGCUCUGGCAUCAAAGGAGAAAGACAGAUCACGUGGCCCCUUCAAAGCCGCCCAAACCCCCUUUUCCCCUAGCGGGCUUGAUUAAGACCCAGAGACCCCUGCCAUGCCCACAGAACGGACAGGUCAAAAUGGCCCUUCAGGAAUCUAACCAACCCCCGGACAUCAUGAAGAUACCCCAUUACCCUGGAAAGCAGAAGCAGUUUCCUUCUACUGUUGUGUAAAGGGGGUGAGAAGGGAGUCAUGCUGCUUCAGACUGCAGAGAACAACACACACACACACACACCUACACACAUUACACACGACACAAACAACGUGAAUAGGAUCUCCCCCCAGCUCCAACAUGGUUAGGUAACUCGGGGGAGGCCGCAGAGGAGAAGCUGCCAUGAACGACAGGCCAAGGACAGCCUGCUGGAAGAGAAAGUGUUUCCAACGGAGACCUCCAAAGCCAUUUCAUUAUCCUUCUCUCUCUCUCUCUCUCCCCUCUCUCUGUCUUUCUCUCCCUCCCUCUCUCUCUGCACUCAUGUUUGACUGCACUGUGUCCACCAACAGAACAAGUUACUGUUGCUUGUGCACUUGUGACCUGUAACCUGAAUUUAUGUGUUUGUGAAGGUAGUGCUACUACAGAAGAACAAACUUUUCAGUUCAGUCUUGCCACCCUCACACACACACACACACACACACACACACACACACACACACACACACACACACACACACACACACACAUUAUGCAGUGAAAUCCCAGCAUUUGCAUGGGAUUUAGGACUGAGGCCAUGAUGACCAAAGAAAGAGUUUGAACAUUCCUUACUGUGGCUGAAAUUAACAGGAUGUGACAAGAGUAUGAAAUGAAGGAAAGGUGGAAGUUGGCCCAGAGGGUCUGGCGAGAUAACAAUCGUAAUAGUAAACUGAAGCAGUUGUUGCUCUGAAAGGCUGUGCAUAAAACCUCAUCUGCGAUGAAUAUAUUCAGCCUGUGUGUUCUGUGAUCCAGUGUUUUGGAUCUGCAGUUUGUGACUCAUAAACGAUGCAGAACCUAAAGCCAAUGUAAGCCAUUUGUGGAGACUGUUACCUUUAAGUAGUCGCGUUGAUAUAUUAUGGCCGCAAGAGGGCGCUUUAUACCGCUGAAAUGCCACUGAAAGCUGUGUCACGUUGUGUAAAUCAUAAAGGAAGCAGAAAAGGACCAAUGUGGAAGUACUCAGAAAACGCGAUGUCAUCAUUUCGUAUCAGCCGUUACAUAAGCAAAUUUCAUACAAUAUUCUCUCUGCACAAUUGAAAGAUUAUUUUUUAUGUUUAUUGUCUGUAAACUGUUGGGGGUUUUACGGUUUUUGCAGUACAAAUAUAUACAGUAUUUCAGCAUGCGACAUUAAUUCAAAUAUAUUUUCUAUAGAAUAUUUGUACGGUUCAGAACAGUGUCUCCAGUCUUGACAGCGUCUGUGUCUCUGUUUAUUUAGGUAUUGUCUGAGAACUCACUCACUAGGAGGCCCCUUUCUUCUUUCCCAGCAUGCACCUCUCCCAGACUACAUUAUUCAGUGAUAUUGUAUUUACAGAACACCAGGAGCAGUAAAGAAUUGUGUUUUCUUUAUUGCUCAGCAAUAUAAACAGCUUCACCCUUAAUGUGUGUGUGUGUGUGCGUGUGAGAGAGAGAGAGAGAGAGAGAGAGAGUGUGUGUGUGUGUGUGUGUGUGUGUGUGUAUCUGUGCAUGUUUGAGUAUGUGUUUAUGAGUACUCUGGCACAUUUAAAAACUCCAGCAGAACUCCCAGUCCGGGUACACUGAUAUCAUAACAUCUGCUGCCAUUUUAGCAUCCGUGCUGUGCUAAGAGUCUGCCAUCCAAACGAUGUCUCUCCAGUGGCGGCCUUUUAACUGAACCUGAAUGUAAUAUGGCUUGUAGACGGGAGCUACACUGCAGUAGAGGGGCACCAGCAGAUAAUGGUUCUUUUCUGUAAAAUGCCCCUGAACGUGAAGUGUAGCUAAUAAAGAAAUGAGAGUAGGCACAAGACACUCUGUUUCUAACAUGUUCUAUUAAAAUUAGUGAUAAAUGUAUGUGUAGCAUAAAAUAGUGGAAUAGUGGGAAGCUUCUGUGAUGGUGCGCUAUCACUACAUAGUAUUGUGCCCUUUAGUUAAGCAUUUUGUUGGUGUUCAUCUAGUGAAAUCCACUGCACUCACAGUGAAACCUUGGAACUCCACCAGUAUGUGUCAAAAUGUGCCAGUCACAUGGGCUCAGUGAAUAAGGAUGUUACACUGUGAUCCCUCAUUGUUGAUAUGCUGUAAAUGGCUAAAACGUACUAAAUGAAUAGAGACGUGAGUAACAACA